AUUCUUGUUUGAUUUGAUUGACUGAACACUUUGCUCAUCAUCACCAUCAGCCAAUAAGAGGCCUCCUAUUUAAUCAGGCACGCUUUAAAUCCCGUUCAGUUGUAAACAAUAGUGACAGUUAAUCAUUUCGUUUGCUGGUUAAAGGCAGGAUGAUGUUGUUUGCCUCACUCCUCACUCUAUGCUUGAGUGCAGUGUUUGCUGCUCCAAGAUUAAACCUGCAUUUAGAUGAUCACUGGCACCUCUGGAAGAGCUGGCAUGGAAAAGACUAUCAUGAGAAAGAAGAGGGCUGGAGGAGAAUGGUGUGGGAGAAGAACUUGAGGAAAAUUGAGCUGCACAACCUUGAGCACUCUGUGGGCAAACACACCUUCCGACUGGGCAUGAACCAAUUUGGUGAUAUGACAAAUGAGGAGUUCAGACAGGCAAUGAAUGGUUACAAUCAUGACCCCAGCCGGAAAUCAAAAGGCUCAUUGUUCAUGCAACCCAGCUUUUUUGAAGCCCCUCAGCAGGUUGACUGGAGAGAGAAGGGUUAUGUCACUCGUAUCAAAGACCAAAAACGUUGUGGAUCUUGCUGGGCUUUCAGCUCAACAGGUGUCUUGGAGGGUCAGUUGUUCCGCAAAACUGGAAAGCUGGUUUCUCUGAGUGAGCAAAACUUGAUGGACUGUUCCAGGCCGGAGGGCAAUCAAGGAUGUGAUGGAGGCCUUGUGGACCAGGCUUUCCAGUAUGUUCAGGACAACAAUGGGCUGGAUUCAGAAGAGUCGUAUCCCUACCUUGGAACGGAUGAUCAGCCAUGCCGCUAUGACCCCCGUUAUAAUGCUGCUAAUGACACUGGUUUUGUGGACAUUCCAAGUGGUGAAGAACAUGCUCUAAUGAGGGCUGUUGCUGCUGUGGGUCCUGUAGCUGUUGCCAUUGAUGCUGGACAUGAAUCCUUCCAGUUCUAUCAGUCUGGCAUCUAUUAUGAGAGUGAGUGCAGCACUGAAGAUCUUGACCAUGCAGUCCUGGUGGUUGGUUAUGGUUAUGAGGGUGCUGAUGUUGCUGGGAAGAGAUACUGGAUUGUGAAGAACAGCUGGACUGAGAAAUGGGGUGACAAAGGCUACAUCUACAUGGCUAAAGACCGAGAAAACCAUUGUGGCAUUGCAACAUCUGCCAGCUAUCCCCUAGUAUAAGGCCAUUGGACAGUUCUCUGCAUUCUGGAAAUGCCAAUAGUUUCCCCCAACUCUGUUUCUUUUAAUAUUUCAUGCUGUUUUAAUUUGUUUUAUUAAAUUGUAAUUUUGUUUUCUGAACGCUUGUUACUUGUUUUAUAUUAAAGUAAUUUUAGUCUGGAGCACUGCCAGUAUAUUGUAUUUUUUGAUCCAGUAACCCAUUUUUGUUGAGCAUAGUUACAGAUGUGAACAUGGCUCAUGUCAAAUGUAUCUGUAAAAAUUGUGCACUUUCUACUUGACCUGUAAAUGGAUAAAUAUUAAAUCUACUGGUAUAGAAGGCUA